CCGAACCAAACUUGAGAACUCGUUCAAACUCUCUCCUUUUCUGUGCUGUUUAGCUUCCGGCUGUUACUCAGCUCAUAGUUGAAUUACUCUCCAGCUCGAAUUUUUAUUUUUUUCUCUUCUUGGAUCACAUAUCGUCUAGUUUCGAGCAAUGCUCGAUCAGCUGAGAUCGUUGUUGACGAAAGCUUAAGAUUUGGAGUUAUUUUUGUUUGGUUGGACUGAAAGGAUGGCGCAGCAAAGCAGUAAUUGGGAAGCGGACAAGAUGCUUGAUGUGUACAUUUAUGAUUACUUGGUGAAGAAAAAAUUGCAUUCUACUGCAAAGUCCUUCAUGACUGAAGGGAAAGUUGCCCCGGAUCCAGUAGCAAUUGAUGCUCCUGGAGGGUUUCUUUUUGAAUGGUGGUCUGUUUUCUGGGACAUAUUUAUCGCCAGGACAAACGAGAAGCAUUCUGAGGCUGCUGCCUCAUAUAUAGAGGCACAACAAGUCAAAGCAAAAGAGCAGCAACAGAUGCAAAUGCAGCAGUUGCAAUUAAUGCGUCAAGAUCAGAUGCAACAAAGGAAUCCAAAUCAUCCUUCUCUUGGUGGGCCGGUAAGUGCUGUAAAUUCUGAAGGAAUGGUAGGGCAGUCAAAUGCUAGUGCGUUGGCUGCAAAAAUGUAUGAAGAACGUAUGAAACACACAAAUUCAAUGGGAAAUUCAGUUGGUUCGGAGACAUCCCAACCACUUCUUGAUGCUAGAAUGGCCCUUCUGAAAUCAGCUACAAAUCAUCCUAGUCAGCUGGUUCCAGGAAAUCAUGGAAGUGUGACUGCAGCACUGCAGCAAAUUCAGGCACGAUCUCAACAGACCCCUGACAUCAAAGGUGAAAUGAACCUGGGUGCCUCUCAAAGAUCUAUGCCUAUGGAUCCUUCUUCGCUUUAUGGUCAGGGAAUCAUGCAAUCAAAACCUGGAUUAGGAAACACAGGAUUGAAUCCUGGAGUUGGUGGUCUUCCAUUGAAGGGGUGGCCGUUAACUGGCAUUGACCAAAUUCGGCCAAAUCUAGGUGCACAAGUUCAGAAACCUUUCCUACCAGGUGGAAAUCAGUUUCAGCUUUUACCACAGCAGCAACAGCAGCUUCUAGCACAGGCCCAGGCACAAGGCAAUCUUGGUAAUUCAAUUUAUGGAGAUAUGGGAAGGUUUGGGGGAUUACCUAGAGGCAGUUUAAAUGCAAAAGAUGGCCAACCAAUAGCAAACGAUGGAUCUAUAGGUUCGCCAAUGCAAUCAACUUCAUCAAAACAGAUGAAUUUGCCACAGAUACAACAGUCUUCCUCUCAACAACAAGAUCCCUUGCAAACACAAGCAGCUCAGCAGAACAACAGAAAAAGGAAAGGGCCGUCUUCUUCUGGAGCUGCUAACAGUACAUGUACGGGAAACACAGUUGGGCCUUCUCCAAACUCUCAACCUUCAACUCCAUCAACUCAUACCCCUGGUGAUGGAGUUGCUAUAUCAGGCAAUUUGCAGCAUGUCAGUAACAUGCCAAAAGGUUUAAUGAUGUAUGGUUCUGAUGGAGCAGGUGGUCAUGCAUCAUCUACGAACCAGCUGGAAGAUAUGGAACAUUUUGGAGACAUUGGCUCCUUAGAUGAUAAUGUGGAAUCUUUUCUCUCACAUGAUGAUGGAGAUGGAAGGGAUUUGUUUGGUACAUUGAAGCGGAACCCUUCUGAACAAGCAGCUGAAACUUCCAAGGGUUUCUCCUUCAAUGAAGUUAGCUCAAUACGUAAAAGUAGUAGCAAAGUUACAUGUUGUCAUUUCUCUUCAGAUGGAAAGUUAUUGGCCAGUGCCGGGCAUGACAAAAAGGUUGUUCUUUGGAACAUGGAGACUCUUCAAAGUGAAUGCACUCCAGAUGAACACAAUCAUAUAAUUACUGAUGUUCGCUUCAGACCAAAUUCCACUCAGCUGGCAACAUCAUCAUUCGAUAAAACAGUGCGACUCUGGGAUGCUGCCAAACCAAGCUAUUCCUUGCAGACUUAUGCGGGGCAUAACUCGCAUGUGAUGUCCCUUGACUUCCACCCGAAGAAGAAUGAUCUUUUCUGCUCUUGUGAUGGUAACAGUGAGAUUCGCUUCUGGAAUAUCAAUCAGUAUUCUUGUGCUCGUAUUUCCAAGGGAGGUACUGUGCAAGUGAGAUUUCAGCCAAGGCUAGGACACCUAUUGGCUGCAGCAUCAGAAAAUACUGUGUCUGUCUUUGAUGUUGAAAAUGACAGACUGACUCACUCGUUAAAGGGACACACCACUGAGGUACAUUCUAUUUGUUGGGACACAAAUGGAGAUUAUUUGGCAUCUGUCAGUCAAGAGUCUGUUAGAGUGUGGUCAUUGGCCUCGGGAGACUGCAUUCAUGAGCUUAGUGGCAACAACUAUCAUUCCUGUGUUUUUCAUCCAACCUAUUCAACUCUCAUGGUCAUUGGAGGCUACCAGUCAUUGGAAUUAUGGAAUAUGACCGAGAAUAAGUGUAUGACAAUUGCGGCACAUGAUUGUGUGAUAUCAGCCCUAUCGCAGUCGCCGCUAACCGGGAUGGUUGCCUCUGCCAGUCAUGACAAAUCCGUUAAGAUCUGGAAAUAAAUUGGCAGCCACUCGGUUAUGCUAGCUCAAAUCCUGCAGUAUGAAGCUCGCUGACCCUUUUAACUCUCGAAAUGCUGCAAAAGUAUGAACAUGAAUGAGAAAAAAUACAAAUUGUUACUGUAUUUGAUAUCAUUGCAUGCAAAUCUUUUCGUGGUGUUGAUGGUUUGUCUUUGCAGUUUUUGAGUGAGAAAGAUAUCCAUACACAAAGUAUAUUGUAUGAAUGACUCAUGUUUAGCCAGGUUGUUGUGUCCUGGUCAUUGUGACAGAAACUUUUAUAAUUUAUUUGGAGAAUAACUGUUGAGACCUUCCUUUUUUUUUUUUUUUUUUUUUCCUUUUUCUGUGUAGAUGCAGUAGCAAUCAUGACUUUGUAAUGUGAAUCACAUGUUUGUACUAUUUAAUAAGAGACUUAUAUUAUUGAAUGGUGAAUUUAUGCAAGAUGACUUUGUC